AUGGACUUCGAUGUAGAAGAACAAUCACAUGCUACACUAACAGUAUUUAGAAGGCAAGGAAAGCCUAGUGGCAAAUGUGUUGAAAGAUAUCUCAACGAUUUAGAAAUAAAUACAGCGAAUUUGUAUGUACUACUGAACUGUGAAGAAGUUGAGCCAAUCUUAGAGUAUUUCGUAAGCAAUUUGCCUUUGACAGAUUCAAGGGAAAUUGAGCAAGCUGUUGCAAAUGAAUUUCCAACUUGGUUCAGAUCAUAUGUACAAAAUCCUGAUAACAAAUGUUUCGAUAAAGGUUUGCAAGCAUUAGCAUGGGGUCCAAUGCGAAAAAUGGCUUCAGGCGACGAUCCUCCUCGUAAAUCAUUUGCCUCAAAGUUCCGCCGGAAGAAGAUUACGACUAGCAGAGUACCCACACAGACUGAGGUAGGUGAGGGGCCUUCAGUUGCACCAGAUCUACCUACACCACCACCGCCACCACCUGCCAGGAGCCAGCAGCCUUCACCAGAGCAGGCUCGACGAGUCCUCGCUUCCCCUCUCCAGAUCAGACACAUGCUUCUCCAUUCUAUCCAUAUUACCCCCCACCAUCAUCACAGGCUGCUGGUCCAUCCACUGGUCCUCACCCUCCUUACCCUUACCCAUAUUACUACCCCUAUCCGGUGCAGCAUGAACAGGGUGGACCAUCACGACCACCAGAGGUUGGCGCUACCGAUCCUGCAACAGCAACAGAUAAGCGUCAAUACAUCGAGCCUGACGGCGAUAAGUAAGUUCAAUUUAAGUUAUUCAGUUGUUUUUAUUUUGAUAUAUUACAUGUUAUUGAUAAACAAAGUCACUUGCAGCUUCAAUCCUUCAAGGCCACCUAUACAUAUGAUCCGGGAUAUAAUAAAGAAUAAGUAUGAUGCUCCUUACUUAUCCUGGAAGAAGAUCCCAAAGCCUGUUAGAGAUAUGUGGUUUGGAGAAUUUCAGAAAGAAUUUAGGUGGUUGCCUGAGUACAGCACGAGGAUCAGAUCUAAUUUUGAGAGGAGAGGAGCGACCCGUCUCAGAGACAUGUUCACGGACAUUAGAAAGUCCGGGCAGAGGCCUAAUUGGAUUGGAGAGGGCGUUUGGGCAGAUUUGAGUAGUGCUUGGGCUACCCCGGAGUUUAUAAAAAUGAGAGAGCAGAAUAAACAGAACAGAGCCUCUGACUGCGGCGGUUUAGGAAGCUCUCUUCAUACUGGUGGAUCUGUACCUCAUACAGAACAUAGGCGGCGACUGAAAGCGCACCUGGGUCGGGAGCCAACACCAUUGGAGCUGCAUACAAGAACUCAUCAACAUCAAGCUGACCAGAAGUGGGUUGAUGAGAAAUCUAAGAAGGCUCAUGAUGAUUUCUUACGAGUUAGAGAAAGUAGGCAGUCCACUGGCGAGGGAUCAUCUUCUGGACAGUUCAUCCACCUCUGCAUUUCAUGA